GCCCGGGCGGGCGCUGUGGCGGAGGAGCCGCCGCCAUUUCGGUGUCGCUGCGAGCGGGGCCGGGGCAGCGGCGAUGGAUGCCGGAGCCCGGCCGGGCGGUGGCGGUGCCCCGGGGCAAUCCCGGGAGUACAAACUGGUGAUGCUGGGAGCGGGAGGCGUCGGCAAGAGCGCCAUGACCAUGCAGUUCAUCAGCCACCGGUUCCCAGAGGACCACGAUCCCACCAUUGAGGAUGCCUAUAAAAUCCGGAUCCGCAUCGAUGAUGAACCUGCCAACCUGGAUAUUUUGGAUACAGCAGGACAGGCAGAGUUCACAGCCAUGAGGGAUCAGUACAUGAGGGCUGGAGAGGGUUUCAUCAUCUGCUACUCCAUCACGGACCGGCGCAGCUUCCACGAGGUGCGCGAGUUCAAGCAGCUCAUUUACCGCGUGCGCCGCACCGACGACACCCCCGUGGUGCUGGUGGGCAACAAGUCUGACCUGACCCAGCUGCGCCAGGUGUCCAAGGAGGAGGGCUCAGCCCUGGCACGAGAGUUCAGCUGCCCCUUCUUCGAGACCUCGGCCGCCUUCCGCUACUACAUCGACGACGUGUUCCACGCGCUGGUGCGCGAGAUCCGCCGCAAGGAGAGGGAGGCUGUCAUGGCCCUGGAGAGGAAAUCCAAGCCCAAAAGCAACAUCUGGAAAAGACUCAAAUCCCCCUUUCGUAGAAAGAAGGAUUCAGUCACUUGAAGAAAAAAAGAAUUCUGCCAAGCCAGGACAAAAGCUGUGACCCUCGGCCAGGAUGUGGCACCUGAGAGGGAAUGUGGAACUCUGCCAGUUGUUUUUGUUUAGAACCGUGUUGCCUUCGUUCUGGGGGUUGAACUUCAAGCCCAGUUGUAUUUUGUUGUUGUUUUUUACUGGACCCAGGUGAUGGGUUCAUGACCCUGCACUUUGGAGUGUUUGUCCUUGGAAGCUGAACUGGAGUUCAGCCUCUCUCUCAAUCAGUUUUCUCAGUUGUUUGCACGAGAGGAUUUUGCUUUUUUUGAGAGAGGUGAUCACAAAGUGACUUCAUGUGCCCUCAUGGAAUAAAUUCCUUUCCAAGGAAAACUGAGGUGGAAUACUUGUGUACAAGUUGAUCCCAGUGAUCAGCAGUGCUGUAGGUGGGAUGGAAACAAACCAGUUGACCAGAAACCAACCAGAUUUUACAGCAGUUUUGGCAUCAGGUGCCUGGUGCUCCUCUGGAUUUUGCUGUUUAACAACAGGACAGGUCACAGCUGGGUGACUCAGAUGUUCUCUGAACCAAGUGCCUGGAAUCCUUCAGUGUGAGAGUGGAAAGAGCUGAUUUCACUUAAGUGAUCACUUAAGUGAUUUUCCUGUGCCAUCCAAACUGAAAACCCAGUGUAAAAGGAUUGGAAAAACAGUGAAGAUAAAAAUAAAAUACAUAUAUAUAUAUAUAUAUAUA